AUGUCCUCUCCAGACAUCUCACAACUGAAUCCUGCGCAACAGGAGGCGCUGCAGACCUACACGGCGGUGACAGAUCAAGACCCUAUCGCCGCUAUCCCUCUCCUACAGAGAUGCGAAUGGAACGUCCAGAUUGCCAUCGCCCGCUUCUUUGACGGCGAGCCAGCCACCGAUCCUUUGGCAGAAGCUCGUUCUGCCCUCCCUCCCACUUCUGCCCGACAGACUGCGAACCUCCAAUUUGAAUCCCUCGUCUCGUCGGUGCGAUCGGUCCCCCUCCGUCAAGAUCCGGAAGAUAUCGUGGAAAGGGUUGACACGAGCGCAGCAAAUGAAAGGCAAUAUCACCCUUCAUUCCUGCUCUCGAUACUCUUUACUCCAUUCAACAUUAUGUACCGGGUGCUGAGCACGGUGUUGUCUCCACUGGGGUUUCUUGUACCCUCGUUUGUGUCAAGACUAUUUCAGCGUCUGAUAUACCAGCAGUCGAGGCCUGUACGGAGAGCUCUUCCGCCGGCCGAAACCGCAAGAAGGUUCAUUCGGGAGUUCAGCGAAGAAUAUGGAGACAACUCUCUACCAUUCGCUGAAACGGGGUUCAAUCUGACACUUGACGACGCGAAAAAGAAUUUCAAGUUUCUCCUUGUCGUCCUACUUUCCCCGAGUCACGAUGAAAAUACUGGUUGGGUGCAGGAAACGCUUCUUUCGGGCCAGUUGAAAACAUUUCUGGAUUCCCACAAAGACGAACUUUUACUUUGGGGAGGCAAUGUCCGGGACGCUGAAGCCUACCAGGUGUCUUCCAGUUUGCAAUGUACGAAGUUUCCCUUCGUCGGUCUGAUCUGUCAGACGAAUGAUUCCGGCUCUGCGGCCAUGACGGUUGUUCUGCGAGCGUCCGGGCCCAUGCCUGUGUCAGAACUCGUCGCAAAACUCGGAACAGCCAUGACGGCACACCAAGCACAGUUGGCUGCCACCCGAGCUCAACGUGCUGAGCAACAGGCCUCGCGAAAUUUGCGUCAAGAGCAAGAUUCGGCUUAUGAACGCUCCCUGGCUCAGGAUCGCGAACGCGCUCGUCGAAGACGAGAAGAGGCGGAGGCAGCAGCGCGAGCGGAGAAGGAGGCACAAGAGCGAGCGAUGGCUCUAGAAAAGAGAAGAGCGAAUAUUGCUCAGUGGAGACAUUGGCGUGCCCAGUCACUACCGAAGGAGCCCGGGCCUGAGGUCAAAGAUGCCAUACGAGUCAGUAUCCGCAUGGCAUCGGGCGAGCGCAUCAUCCGGAAGUUCCACUCUGAAGCGGAUCUAGAUGAGCUCUACGCUUUCGUCGACUGCUACGAGGUUGUCAAGGCAAAAGAGGCCGCAGGCACGAACGGAGAAGAGGUCGAGGAACCAGUCGGUUAUGAACAUGAGUAUGGCUUUCGACUGGUCUCCCCGAUGCCGCGGACUGUGGUCGACUUGGAAAAGGGAGGCUCGGUAGGGGAAAGAAUCGGCAAAGCAGCAAAUCUGCUCGUCGAACCCGUCGAAGAGGAAGAAGAGGCCUCCGAUGAAGAUUGA